UUGGCCACAGGGUAUGGUUGGAUAAGGGACGACACUCGACUAGAUCUUACCGGCUUGGUCGGGUCGCAGAGUCUCCCCACAAUCGUCUACUUUCCCCCUUUUUUCUUUCGGUUCCCAUCCUCAGAAUAAAGUUUAGAAAAUGUCGUUCAUGACAGGCGGAUUCGGCGGCGGCGGCGGCGGCGGUGGUGGCGGCGGCGGCGGCGGUGGAGCCGGGCUGAGCCUCACGAAGUCAGGCGGCGGCGGCGGCGGUGGCAUGAACUCCCGACAAGAGCUGAACACGCUCAACACCCGCCUGUCGGGCUACAUCAACAAGGUGAGGAGCCUGGAAGCUCGCAAUGCCGAGCUGGAGAUGCUCAUCGCAGAGGCAUCGAAGGCUCACGCGGCCGCGGGAGUUUCCACUGCGCCCAUCUCUAUCGACACCUCCGAGCUCAUGGCCAUGAAGAAAGAGAUCCAAGCCACCGCCAACGAAGUCUCCUACCUAGAGUCGCAGAAGUCCACGCUCCUGAUCGAAAUCGAAAACCUGAGGAGACAGCUAGAAGACCUGCUGAGAAGGAGGGCUGAGAUGGAGUCCGACAUCAGCGGGGCUAAAGGGGAGCUGGAUUCUGCACUUGGCGCCUUGGAUGGUCUUCAAGACGAGGUGGCUCAGGCUGAAGAUGAGAUGAGUUCCGCUGCUCAAGGACCCGCCCAGGCUACCACCAUCGAGGAGCAGAUUGACGUGGUGCAGGUAGAGCGUCUCCGGGCCGACCUGAACGACUCCCUGAACGCGCUGCGCGGUGAGUUCGAGCAGCUGGCGUCACAGGGCAUCGCUGACGUGGAGGGAGACUGGGAGGCCAGGCUGAGGGAACUCCAGGCUGAGAUCGAGAGGCUGAAGGCCCUGUUGGAGGAACUGCGCAUGCAGAUCUCACAGCUCAGGGCAGAACUGUCCGCCAUCUUGUCUGAGGCCGAGCAGAUCAAGGCAACGAACAUCAGUCUUGAGCGUGACAUCUCGACCCUAAAGGACACCAUCCGUAAGAGGUUGGAGGACUACAGGAUCCAGAUCGCAGACCUGAACGGAGAGGGACAGAGGCUUGACGGAGAGAUCCAGGCUGUGGUCGCCCAGUACAACGACUUGCUGAACAAGAAGCUGGCAUUGGAGAAGGAGGUCAUCGACUAUGAACAGAUCGUCGGAGGCGAGAACCAGAGGCUCAAGGUCCAGGGAGGAGGAUACGCUAUCCAGCAGAUUUCCAUCGGCUCUGGCUCCAGCAGUGGCGGCCUGGGAGGCGGCAUGGGCUUUGGAGGCGGCGGCGGCGGUUUCGGCGGCGGCGGCGGUUUCGGCGGUGGCGGCGGCUUCGGAGCGGGAGGCGGCGGCGGCUUCGGAGGCGGCGGCGGCGGUGGAUUCAGCAAGGGCGGCGGCGGCGGAGGAGGAUUCAGUCGAGGAGGCGGCGGCAGUCGAGGAGGCGGUUUCUCCAAGGGAGGCGGCAUCAAGUUUAACUUGUAGAACAUGUGCCGAUGGGGUUGGCGCCUAACUGUCUUCCCACCACCGUAUACGUUCUCAGCAUACCCUUUAUUAAACGAGGAGUGCAACACAGUCGAAGUGCACUAGUGAAGCUACAGCUGUAUUUCAAAUCUUAGUCAGCACUGCAUAGAAUCCGACCUUUAAGGAUACCUUUAAGCAUGCUUAAAGGAUACAUUUUUCCCUCAAAUGAAGAAACAUGACCUUUACGUAUGCUUUAAUGUGUGCUUAAAUAUCGAGUUCAUGCAGUUCAACUAGCUGCUCUAUACAUUAAAACCGGUGUGGUGCUAGUAAUAUGUUAUAUCAUUCCUAUCUGUUGUUUCUUUUUCUAUCCGUUCGCGCGUUUGUUCUUUAAGCCUAUGCAAAACGAAAUCGCAACUUUACUUCAAUCUGUAAACCACUAGGCAAAAUAAAAUAUAAUUUCGUGCCAGAGCAAACUAGAGAUGGCAUAAAGAUAGUACGGUUACAAAUAGGAUUGUGAUUCAAUACACAGAGAAAGCGAUACUUUGAAGACUUUACUUGUUAAUGUUUGCAUAGACAUGUAGUGGGUAUACGGUUAAUGCUACUAAUGACAAGUUAAAAGCCUGGCUUGUUAUACUGUUGGAAGAGUUGUUCUUGGUGUCGCAAUAAUAAAGCUUAUGGAUAUGGGGAGAAA